AUGUCCACCCACACCUUCACCCUUGACGGCACCCGCCAGUGGAUCGAUGGCUUUGGGCAGUGUUGGUCAUUGGUCACUAACCAACUCGAACUCUACGUGCUUCAAAGACGGGACGAUGGCACUCAGCUGACCGUCCGCUGGAUCACGCCCGCAGGCCACGAGAAGAGCGGCACUGUCUUACUCUUCCUUCACGGUGGCGGCUACAUCGGAGGGUUGGGUCCCGAAUAUCCGUCGCCAGCGUGCGUGGAUGACGUGAUCACGGCGUACAAGUGGCUCCUGCAUGACCAGCGGAUCGCUCCAGAGAAGAUCGUCUUUGCUGGCGACAGCGCGGGCGGCGGUUUGAGUCUCCUCACCCUCCUCGCCCUGCACGAUGGAGAAAAGAUCAUGUCGGCCUGGACCGACUUGUCCUGCGAGCGUGAGUCGGUAGCGCGGAAUGGGACCACCGACCCAGUCCUUUCGAAGGAGUUUGCCCAGUGGGUUGCGUUUCAGGCCGCAGACCAACAGUUAAUGAUGCAUUUGCUGCGCGCCUGGGAUCAGGUCGUGCCCAACAUGGCCCACGUGUUCCCUCUGCCCUACCAUCACAUCGCCAAGGGUCCAAAGGAGAAGGACCCUCUCGACAACAUCGCCGCCUGGGUGAAGGAGCAGCUGCGACCAUGA